CCCUGUCCUCUCCCCGCUUAGCUUUCUUCCUCCUUGGUAGCUCCAGUCUCCUUGCUGUGGGUAGCCAUGGCGGCCCCGAUGUUGAACCAGCUCAACACCCUCGUGGCCAACAUGUUCGCCGCGGGUUUGCUGGACGAUCAGUUCCAGGAGCUGCAGGAAUUGCGGAAGCAAAUACCAAUUUACUAAAAAAAGAAAAAAGUAUCUAAUCGAAAUCGAAAGAUUUUUUUAAAGAUUAAACAAAAGGGUUCUCAAAUAAAAGCGCUAGUGCCACAACUAGUCCAUAAAUUGUUAAAGCUUCCAUAAAAGCUAGACUAAGCAAUAAAGUACCUCGUAUUUUACCUUCUGCUUCUGGCUGUCUCGCAAUACCUUCUACAGCUUGUCCUGCAGCAGCACCUUGACCAACUCCAGGUCCAAUAGAAGCAAGCCCUACGGCCAAUUCAGCAGCAAUAACAGAAGCAGAAACAAUUAGUGGAUUCAUGGUGAGUAGUUCCUCGUGUCAAUGCUCCAGGAAGGGAGCGCCCCAGACUUCAUCGACAAGGUUGUCACGCUCUUCUGCGAGGAUGGCGAGUGUAUCAUCGGCGAGAUCGCCAAGCUGCUGGACAAGCCAUGUAUGGACUAUCACAAGGUGAGCCGUUUUGUGCUUGAACUCAAGGGAAGCAGUGCAUGUAUUGGUGCUCAGAGAGUGAAGAACAGUUGCAUUCAGUUCCAUCAGUGUUGUCAGGAGAAGAGCAGAGAUGGGUGCCUGAACUCACUGGAUUCUGUGAGGAACGAUUUCUAUGAUGUGUGCAGCAUGUUCAAGCCACAUGCUUCAGCUGGGCCAGCAGGUCCAGGCCUUAGUGCUAAACUGUAGACUUGAAUGAUAAAGCUGGAGCUGCAUGUUCUGAUGGUAAACACCUUUGAAGUCGUAGAAGAUGCUCAACCUAGCUUAUGUAGCCUGGAGUCAUUUUCUUAUGUGGGGUCUGUAGCUGCCUAGUGGCAAGCUAAUCAUCUAGUAUCCAUGUCUUUGUUAUUGUCUUGUAGUUUCAUUUGGAAUUCUCAGUAGUCAAAUAAUAAAUUCAGCUGUUGUUGUUU